AUGGAAACCUGGACAGAAAAAACAACCCCCGAGGGAAAAGUAAAAACACCUGAGGAAGAAGAACAAACAUCGCACGAGGUGCUUACUCUCAUGCGUCGCCAAAAGGAACUAAUGAACUCAUUAUCCCGGCUCAUUAACGGUCGAGUUAAGGAAGAAGUUCCCAUUCAAUGCCUGGAGGCAAUGAAUAAACUCUGGAGCCAAAUUGAAGAACUACAUUAUUCAAUUUGGGAGAAGUGCGAAAACCCACUUACAGAAGGUUACGACAUGAACUCUUAUUCAGAGUUUGAAAUAAAAAUUCUGAAGAACCGAUCGUCACUAAAAGGACCUACCAAUAAUACAAGGAAUGAUCAUCUGUCAGUGCAGCUCCCAAAGAUGACAAUCCCGAAGUUUGACGGCGAUUAUCUAAAAUGGCAGACGUUUUCUGACAUCUUCACCAAGAUGAUACACCACCAAGAUUUACCGCAAAUACAAAAAAUGUGGUAUUUAAAAACAAAUGUGUCUGGUGAUGCAGAACGCCUGCUAAGGCACUUGGAACUGACAGAGGAAAACUACACGAUCGCAUGGAAGACUCUUCAAGACCGAUUUAGCAACAAAAGGGCCCAGACGUUGUCCCUUAUUCAAAAAAUUUUGGGUUUGCCGCAGCAAAACUCCGAAGUAAAAACCAUGAGAGAGUUUCAUGAUACAAUUCAUGAAUCUUUGGCAGCUUUGAAGGCUCUCAGCAUCGAUACAGAUUCGUGGGCUCCUCUGCUCAUUUAUCUAUUAACAAAGAAGUUAGAUCGACAAAGCCAUCUACUAUAUGAGCAAUCUGUCAAGAACCCUCGAGAACUUCCAACAAUAGAAGAAUUCCUCAAAUUCUUGAAGAGCCGUUUUGAGGCCCUAGAAGCUGUUGGGGGAAAAGACCGAACCAAGGUGGUAUCCAACAUUGCUACCUCCAACAUCGAUAACUGCAAGGUAUGUGGCAAUAAGAACCACCCAAUUUUUUAUUGCGAAAAGUUCCUGAAGAUGUCAGCCGCUGAGAGAUUAAGAUGGACGCAAAGACAACGAUUAUGCGUGAAUUGUUUCAAGGCCGAUCACACAGCAAAAACAUGUGUGUCACGAAGCUGCUCCAAGUGCACAGGCAAGCAUAACACCCUGUUGCACUUGGUACCAAAAAUUCCGCGUCCAUCCAACGCACCUACUGGCGCAACUACUUCAGAGACUACAACUGCUAAACUUAGCACAACGAAGACUUCAGAGAUUACAACUGCUAAACCUAGCACAACGAAGACUGAGGCUUCGGCACCAAUGACGGUAGCUACGAUUCAAAAGCUUAAUGACAACCAGGACUACGUGCUGUUGGCUACAGCAAGAGUUAUCAUCACCGCAAACAAUGGGCAAUCCUGUGUGGUCAGAGCGAUUUUAGACUCAGGUUCAUUGAUCAAUCUGGUAUCAGAGAGGCUUAUCAAACGCCUAUCUUUAUCACCCAAACCAUCAUCUCUAUGUAGCGAAGGCAUCGGACGAAGAACACGAAGCUCCACACAACGAGUCAACAUCAAACUUCAAUCGUCAAUUGGAAAGUUCAACUGCAGAGUGGAAGCAUUCAUCCUUCCAAGCAUCGCGUCACCUCAACCUACGCAGAAUCUGGAUACAACAACCUGGUCCAUUCCUGAAAACAUCAAUCUCGCAGACCCAAACUUUCAUCAAUCCGACAAAAUUGAUGUUCUGCUUGGAGCAGAAUUGUAUCAUCAACUCAUACGUCCAGAACAAAUACGAAUUGGUGACAAGAUGCCAUUGUUACAGAACACCGUCCUUGGUUGGGUUGUGGCAGGAAAAAUUGAAAACGUAGCUUACAACAAUGCCACUUGUGCAAUCUUCUGCGAAGACGAUUCUACUAAUGACCUCAUUGAAAGGUUCUGGAAACUGGAUGACUUCGAAGACUCGCCAAGAUCCAUGACGACAGCCGAGAAAUUCUGUGAAACACAUUUCACUCAAACAGUAACCAGGUCUAAUACCGGCCGCUUUGAAGUUCGACUACCAUUCCGAGAAAAUGGUGAAGCCUUGGGUGACUCAAGGCAAUUAGCACUCAACCGUUUUAUGUCAUUAGAAAGACGACUAAACAAAAACCCAACAUUAAGGAGCGAUUAUAUCAAAUUUAUGGACGAAUAUGAAGCAUUUGGACACAUGGAACAAAUCAUUCCAAACCGAUAUCCCAAAACCUCACUUCUUCAUCCCUCAUCACUGUGUACUUAA